UGAAGGAAAGCAGCCAGCGCGUCAGUCCACCACCACCUCUGCCACCGGCUCUGCUGUAUUUAAGCUAGCCGCCGGCCCUCGGUUCGCGAGUCUUCUGCAGAGCAUCAUCCCAUCCCCCAAGUCAUAAACCCAAGUCGGACUCGCCUUCCUCCUCCCCAACUACUCCUCUCCUCCGCGCAUCGCAUCGCACCGGGGGUCACCUGAGAUCACAUACACAAUGGUGAAGGCUGUGGCUGUGCUUACCGGCAGUGAGGGUGUCAAGGGCACCAUCUUCUUCACCCAGGAGGGAGAUGGCCCGACCACCGUGACGGGAAGCGUCACUGGACUCAAGGAAGGGCUCCACGGCUUCCACGUGCACGCUCUUGGUGACACCACCAACGGCUGCAUGUCAACUGGACCACACUUCAACCCUGCUGGUCAUGUGCAUGGGGCACCAGAAGAUGAAAUCCGCCAUGCUGGUGAUCUUGGAAAUGUGACAGCUGGAGCGGAUGGUGUUGCUAACAUCAAUGUUACUGACUGCCAUAUCCCCCUUACUGGACCAAAUUCAAUUGUUGGCCGUGCUGUUGUCGUCCACGGUGACGCUGAUGAUCUUGGCAAGGGUGGACAUGAGCUUAGCAAGAGCACUGGAAACGCUGGUGCGCGUGUUGCUUGCGGAAUCAUCGGGCUCCAGGGCUAAGAUGUCAUCUCCACCGGCCAACGUCGUACAGAUCUGGGAACCUUUUCAGAAUGCAGAUUUGCAAUCUCUAUUCUAAAUAAGCACAUGAUCUUUGAUCACUUGUUAGUGUGCACCAUUCGUGUGAAUUCCUAUGUGCUACUCUGAACUUUAUCACUGUCAUUUGGCUUUCGAGUUGCGUGACUGGAACGGUUCUGUCAUGUGCUUGUGGAUCUGUUGUUCUUUAAGCCGCUACCAGCUCUGGACAUAUUUACAGAAAACGAGAGAGAUUUCAGAUUUCAUCA